UGUAUGAAUGCAAGAUACCCACGAUACCACAGACUUGCAAAAGGAAGACAUUAGUUGUCGGUUUGAAGGCGCAACCUAACAUGCGUCCUCCUCAUUCCGGUAAAGUUCAGCGACAUGCUACAUCAAUGCGAAAAACGCGUGUUAGGGGUGCUAGUGCAUACCACCGUUAUCACUGCUGAGCUCCAUCUGUUUUCAAUCCCUGCAUUCCAAUAUUUUACUGGUGAACGAUGAACAACGGCAUAGCGACCGCUGGAGCAAUUAAUUCCAACCUCUGUGAGCAAUGUCACGCUCGUCCGAAAUUCGUGGAGAGCACCGGCCACGCUCAUCCAUACUGCGGGAAACAGUGUGCGAGUGCUGCGUCGGCUCGGAAUGGAUUCCUCCCCAACAACGUAGCAAUGUGUAUUGUCUGUCACAGUCGGCCGCAGUUCACUGAUGGAAAGCGGACACACCCAUACUGCAGCCGGACGUGUGCAAGCAAGCAGACGCCGGCUGCGCCGCAACGGAAUACUACCAACAGAAGUGCCGUCUCGAACGGUAUUUGCCCAAUACCUGGCUGCAAUCAGCCAGCAUUCAAGUCCACGAACGGCACGGGAAAGUACUGCACCAAAAAGCACAAGACUCUUGGAGAAAAUGCAUGUCUGUGGUGCCUGCAGAAACCGAAACAAGGUACCUUCCCUUACUGCUCGAGGACUUGCGCGGAAGAAGCGCAGAAGCAUGCCGUGGUGCUGCUGGAGGUCCCGGAGAAUCACACUGUCUUCAAUAACGUUGUCGCGCAAUUUAAAUCUUCCUGGAGACACAACAGUCAAUGCCCUAAAGUCAAGCAUGUCUACAAAAUUGUGCGACCGAAGGCAUCUCAAGACCAAUACGAGAAAUACAAGGCGGCGGUCGAGAGUCGUGGGCAUUUCAUGGCCGCCGGACGGCCUGCAGGUAAUGAGAACCGACGGUGGCAUGGGACCAGACGAGAAUGCACGAUCGGGGACAACGGUAAUGCGCAACUUUGUUCAUCUGCGAGUUGCGCUCUGUGCCGCAUCAUCGAGACUUCGUUUGAUCUAAAGUUCUUCGCCCGGGGAAGAUUCGGUGUUGGACAUUACACAUCAUCCACGUCGUCCAAUUCCAAUGACUAUGCGCGGAACGUCAACUCCAAUUCCCCUCUCAAAGCUAUUCUCCUCAACAAGGUUGUGGUGGGAAAGGGCUACAAGACGACAGUCGACGUGCCUUCACUCACCGCACCCCCAGCUGGGUUUGACUCGGUUCUUGGAGAGAAAGGCGCCGCCGUCAGCCACGACGAACUGAUCGUGUUCACCAACGACGCACUCCGACCAUCGUAUCUGGUGAUCCGAUUCCAGUAUAUGUGUGCCGCGCCGCACCUCGAUAAUUAUCGAAAACGCGUACCUGCAUGAGCAAUAGCACACAACAAUUUAUCGUAGGAGAGGAGCCUUGGGACACGGUCACAGCGUCAGGUACAAGGAGUAGUUGA